CGUGUUUAAAUGUGGCGGGAAAGCUUACAGACGCACUUGCAUAUAAUCAGCUCGAGCUGCAGUGGAUGGCUGAGGACAAGACCUAGACCAUUCAUGUUUGGUAUCAUUGGAUAUGAAUUACUGAUCACAUGAUUGAUGUUGAACUAUGGAGCUUAUUAGUCCAAUCAAUAGUGAAUAUUUUUCCAUGUUUGAUGAAGUUACUAUAAAUAACCAGUUCAAACGAAACUGUCAUGCUUUCCAACAGAAAGACAAAUCAAAUGAUAGUGGUUUUGCAUCUUUAAGCAGUGAAGAGUUACAAACAGGCAAUUUUAGACCAAUGUUUAAUAAAUCAAUGAAUGUUGAAGCCAACAAUCCUGCCAAUGGACACCAACAUAAAUUAUUAGACCAAAAUAACAAUUUAAAGGAUAGAACCGCAAAUUCUAAAACGAUCACCAUUACCAAUAAUGAAGUUUCACCAAUUGUUGCCUCUAAAUUCAUCAGUACAGCAGGUACCGUUGUGGUACCUGUGAUAGACUAUAAUCAAAAUAAAAAGAAAAGAAAACUUGAUUCAACUAAAACUAUAAAACCUGAGUUACUACCUAAAAAAUCAGAAAUUUUUUUUUAUCCUACUGCAUCUGUGAAUUUUCCAUCAGUACCAAACAAUAUACCAAUGCAACAAAAACAAACGUAUGCAAUAAGAACAUCUCCUUUAGAUCACUACCAGCAGGCAAACUUAUCGCUGCCCUAUUACAACCAUCAAUGUUAUAAACAAUCAGUAAGUCCAAUUUGUAAUUACCAGGAGCAACAGAAAACAGAGUUUUAUUGUAAACAGAAUAUAGUAAAGUUAAAUCAGACAUAUAAUACAAACAGUUUAAAUAUUCAAGCUGUCGAUCCUUCUAAAUUUGAUUUAUAUGAUGGGACUUAUAAUGACAGUGAAGAAGAACAAGAUAAUUUUAAAAUGGAGCAUAUUCAAUCUGUUCAACCCAUAUGCAGUAACCAUCCGUUAAUCCUCACAAACCAAACCAGGUAUAAAUUAAAUUUACAACCAGUCAUUACUCAUGGCAGUUUUAAACCAACAAACGUCAUUCAUCACCCUGCCACAAACAUCAAUAGUUCGUAUUCGCAACAGCUGUUUCCUCCUGUUUCUGAUCCCAUGCUGUUUCUAGAAACGCAUUCUAGUGACAAGAAAAACAAUACAAAUUUAAACAGUUUUGUCAAUACGAAGCUGAUAGAAAGUAACAAUUCAUACAAUUGUGCAGCAAAUCAAACAUGGCAAAAAAGUGAAGUUAUUUUUCAACCACCUAAUAGUAUUCCAAUGGCAAACAAGCCAGGACCAUGUGAUAAGACUGAAGUAUCACAAACAGUGACAUUGCCUACUGUAAAUAGUGAUGCAUUUUUCUUAAGAAAAUCACACAAUAAAGUGUUGCCUGAAAAGUAUUUGCAUUUUGCUGAAAACAUCCUAAAAAGAAAUGUGGACAGUGCAGCAUCUCCACCAUCUUGUUUAUUUGAAACAAAGAAAAGUGACAGCAACUUUAACUAUAUUGCAAACACAAUCCCAUGUGAUAUAAUAACAUCUAAAAACCAUAUUUUAAAAAGUCCACCAAAAACAGCAAAAAGUGUUUCUGUGAAUUUAUCUGUUAACACUAAAAUUGCAAAUAAUGCCAACAAUUUUUCUUCAAAAAAUAUAUUGAAAACAGCUUUGCCUGAUACACAGUGUGGAAAAGCCAUUUCCAAUAAAGAAAACCGAAAGCGAAAAAAGAAAGAUAGUGGCAAUCGGCCCAGCAAGAGCAAAGUCCCAUGCGCGAUAACACCAUCUUAUUUAUGUCAUGGUAAAAAUCAGGGUAUGGUUGGCUUGUGGAAAGAACAGUCAACAAAAGUUGUUCCAAGAACUUGGAUACAUGAGGAAGAGAAUAUGAAUCUAAAAGAUGAUGUCUUUCUGGAUGACUCCAGCUGUUUAAGGUGUGGCAUAUGUUGUAUAGCUGAGGAAAGCCAAACCUGCAUACACAUAGAGAGAAGACGAAUUAUGAUACCGAAUCCAAAGUCAAAACAUGUGAUGAGUUUGCGAAAGCGAAACAGCGAUGUUUUUUAUGCAGAUAUUGAUAAAUUUGCAGAAGGAGGCGAUAGUCUAAAACCUAAAAUUGAUUGUAACAAUAACGAGCAAGAGGCGUGUGGUACAGGUCCUUCAAUGCCUGAAUUGACAUCAACUACAAAUGCAAUGGAAACGUCCACUCCUAAAAAGUUAUCAAGCCUCUAUUCAAGUGCGGAAGAAACAUUCCUGGAGAGCAUGUCUAAUGGAGGCAUCACGAAUUGCCUUAGCCCGAUUUCCUUGCCAGCUAGAAGUCAUUGUGAUUUAAAUAGUUGCACAAAAAAAACUUUUACACAGGCUGUCGUAGAUAAAGCAAUCGAGGUAGAUUCUAGUAAUGGACUUACUGACUCCUUAAAAACGAUAAUGGCGAAGGAAAUUCAAAAAUCAAGACAAAUUGCUGAUGCUGAUAAAUAUGUCCAUACCAGAUCCAACAUACUGCAAAGUAAAACUUUUAAUAAAAAAAUACCAACUGUCAUUGAGCUUAUCGAAAAAAAAAAAUUCAGAACAUACUGGAAUUCGUUAUUAAGUCAAAAUAAUGUCGACGAUAUUGACAGUGUUGAUAGAAAGACAACUAAACCAACUGUCAUGAAAGGAAUUGAUCCUCUGUUUGAAAGUAAAGAAUCGCGUAACGUCAAAAGGAAGAAAAAAAUCAAAACAAUUGUUUCUCCUUCUUUUAAAGGACCAAAAAAACGAAAGGUGAUUAAGGUACCAAUUGCACUAGAAUGUUCUCAAGCAGCAUUCAGGUGUAAGAAAAAAAGAAUUAAACAACCACAGCGUCGAUUGCAUCCUUUAAAACAGCAUAAAAAGAAAAAAGAAAAAACUGGUACUGGUACUGGUGAAUUUUCCAGUGAGGACGAGCUCCCGUUGUCACAAGUAGUUCACCGGCUUAGUUUAUCUCCUCCACAGACUCGCACUAAACCCGAGACAAUCCCGAUACCAAAAAUAGAUAUUGACGAACUGCUGCAAGUUGUUGUUAUUUCACAACCUCCGGAAAUGUUUACAGUGCAGUGUCAACAAGAAGAGUUUAAUACAUCCACUCAACGAUCUAAAGAGGUAGGUCAUGAGUUAACAUCUGAAACAAAAACCAUCGAUAACAAUUCAAUGCACAUCAACGAUAACGAAGAGAAUGUAUCUAAAUAUCGUGUAUACAGUGUUAAGAAUGAGGAGAUUUUUGUUGCGGAAGAAGAAUUAGUUCCAAUCACCUUAGAUUUUGGAGAAUAAAUGGAUAUUGGUAAGAAUAAAAUGUCAUAUAGCUUAAAGUUUGAAAAUUUAUUUUUAAAGUUUCGGUUCAGUUCAACUGUGUUUGAAGUUAGUUGAUUUUAUUGCAAGAACUUAAGUUUUCCCGAUUGUAUCUGUCCUUUUAGCUAUCCCUUGUAUAUGGCCUAUCUAACCCGUUAUUCGUAUCUACCCAACCAUUUCUCUCAUCUGCCCCAACCAUUACUCUCAUCUACCCCAUCCAUCAUUUGUUCAUCCCAAUUUGCCAUUUUUUUUGUCCCAUGAUCUGUAGAAAUCCCAUUUUGCAUAUAGUUAGUAGUUCUUAGGCAAACGUUUUAUGAAAUUCUUUUUCAGAAGUGCAUAAUAUUUUUUAAACCAGGUUAUAUAUAUACAUUUUUUUUAAGGUAUGAAAUAUUUAUUCAGAGAAAUGUUAUAUAUAUUUAUAUUUAUAAAGAGAUGUUUAUUACAUAGUUUUUAUGAGUUUUUUUAAUUCCAGAGAGUUCUUCUGUAUACAUUUUGUUUUGUGUUUUUUAUCGUUGCUUCUUUUGUUUUAUGAAUCCAGAAAUAACUAACGUAGUACAGUAUGUGAAGACUUAUGGUAAGGAACGUUUUGUCUGCAAAAGGCGUAAGCUUGUUAUCAUGAGCGUAUUAGUAUUAUGUUUGAAAUCUUUCCCAGUUGAUUUUUAUGUUAGUUUUAAUUUUAUACAUUGUUAAGUUUAAACGAUUUUCGAAGAACAAUUCAUAAAAACGAAAAUAUUAUCUUGUGUUGUUAUGCAACUCGA